GGUUCUGCCGUCCAGUCCUGUGGGGCCGCAGGGCUGAGAGUUUGUGGUCCGUCCCGGGCGGCCGCCUCGCUGCUCUCUUUGGGGAAAAGCCGAGCACUGGGCUUCGAUUCGCCGUCCAAAGCGUUUCCUCUGAGGAUUCUUCCUCUCUUCUUCUCUUCCUCUCCUCUGCGGGUUCAUCAUGUCGGCCGACUGUUGAAUCUUUUUUCUGCCCUUCCAUCGCCUAAAGUUGAAUAAAGCAGAAAAACAGAAAGUUCUGAAGCCAAUAAAGAACUUCUCAAAUUUCCCAGUUUUUGCUCUUCGUCCUCCAUUAUUAAAAUGUCUUCCGCCCUGAACCUGCGCUCCGUCCUGUAGCGCUGCGCUCCUCCAGUCCAGCUCUUCUUCUUCUGGUGUUUUUUGUUGGGAGAUGUUUGGGAUCCAGGACAGCCUGCCUCGCGGCGCCGCGGCCGGGCUGAAGGAGGAGCCGCUGGCCGUCCGCUCCUGGAUGCACUCGGCCGGCGUGGUGGACGCCAACACCGCCGCUCAGAGCGGGGUGGGGUUAGCUCGAGCUCACUUUGAGAAGCAGCCGCCGUCCAACCUGAGGAAAUCCAACUUCUUCCACUUCGUGCUGGCGCUGUACGACCGGCAGGGGCAGCCCGUCGAGAUCGAACGCACCACAUAUGUCGACUUUGUGGAGAAAGAAAAGGAGCCAAGCGGAGAGAAAACCAACAACGGGAUUCAUUACAAGCUGCAGCUACUUUACAGCAACGGUGUCCGAACGGAGCAAGACCUCUACGUCCGACUCAUCGACUCCAUGACCAAACAGGCCAUCAUCUACGAGGGCCAGGACAAGAACCCUGAGAUGUGCCGAGUCCUGCUCACUCAUGAGAUCAUGUGCAGCCGAUGCUGCGACAAGAAGAGCUGUGGAAACAGGAAUGAGACGCCAUCAGACCCGGUCAUCAUCGACAGGUUCUUUCUGAAGUUCUUCCUGAAGUGUAACCAGAACUGUCUGAAGAACGCAGGGAACCCUCGGGACAUGAGGCGGUUCCAGGUGGUGGUUUCUACAACCGUCAACGUAGACGGCCAUGUCCUCGCUGUAUCAGACAACAUGUUCGUCCAUAACAACUCCAAACAUGGCCGCCGAGCUCGAAGAUUGGAUCCAUCUGAGGCAGCCACUCCCUGUAUAAAAGCCAUCAGUCCCAGUGAGGGCUGGACGACGGGCGGCGCCACCGUCAUUCUCAUCGGAGACAACUUCUUCGAUGGACUCCAGGUUGUCUUCGGGACCAUGCUGGUGUGGAGCGAGCUGAUCACGCCCCACGCCAUCCGGGUCCAGACUCCGCCCCGUCACAUCCCCGGGGUCGUUGAGGUCACGUUGUCCUACAAGUCCAAACAGUUCUGCAAAGGAGCGCCGGGACGCUUUGUCUACACUGCGCUCAAUGAGCCAACCAUCGACUAUGGCUUCCAGAGGUUACAGAAGGUCAUCCCCCGUCACCCUGGAGACCCUGAGAGGCUACCCAAGGAAGUGCUGCUGAAGCGAGCCGCUGACCUGGUGGAGGCGCUCUAUGGCAUGCCGCACAACAACCAGGAGAUCAUCCUGAAGCGAGCGGCGGACAUCGCCGAGGCGCUCUACAGCGUUCCCAGGAACCACAACCAGAUCCCGUCGCUAGGGAACUCCACCUCCCACGGCAUGAUGGGAGUCAACUCCUUUGGCGGCCAGCUGGCCGUCAACGUCUCCGAGACGGGUCAAGUGGGCUACAAUCGGAACACCAGCAGCGUGUCGCCGCGGGGAUACGUCCCAAGCUCCACCCCCCAGCAGAGUAACUAUGGCAACACCGUCAGCAGCAGCAUGAACGGCUACGGAAAUGCCAGCAUGCCAAACCUCGGAGUGGCGACGUCUCCGGGUUUCCUGAACGGAUCGUCGGCCAACUCGCCCUACGGCAUUGUCCCGUCCAGUCCCAGCAUGGCCGUGUCCAACUGUAACUCGUCUCACGGAGUUUUCUCCUUCUCGGCUGCCGUCAAACAGAAGAGCGCCUUCGCUCCGGUGGUCCGGCCUUCGGCUUCGCCUCCUCCUCCGCCCAACUGCUCCGGCGGGAACGCCAACGGACUGCAAGCCAUGUCAGGACUCGUCGUUCCUCCGAUGUAGAUCCUUCCUCACCCUCAGCCUCGAGCAGCAAUCACCACAGAGGGGGAGGGGCCAGUGGUCCCUGGAGGCGGAGCAUCAGGCAGCUGCUGACCAAUCAAAGACCUGAUCCUGUUCUGAUUGGACACGGACCAUAAGAAAGACUUUUAGUGCCGCAUUUUUCUGCAGGUGCUUCAACCUUCUGUUCCGCUCUGAUGUCUAGUCUGUUAAUGUACACCUGUGAUGUCGCACCUGGGAUGUGACAUCACUUCUUGUACCUGGGUGGGCUUGGUCUUUUUUUUUAAUGACAGAUUAAAGGUAACGUCUGCUGUUUUUAUCUGAUAUUAGCAGGUGUUAGCUGUGUGAUGACACAGAGACCUGUGGAUACACCUGGGUGGAGGUGAUUCUGAAAGUGGGCGGAGCUAAUAUUCAGAAACCUCAUCUGGACUCACUGGGUCCAUCCUGGUUCUGAUCAGCUUAUUUAAAACCUUUCAUUUCUAUUAAACACAGAGUUGUGUUAAAGCAGUUAUGAAAAAGCAGAAGCGCCUGCUUUUUGAUGGCUACACUGUAAAAACUAACCCUGCAUAGCAUCCUAAAUAGCCACUGGAGCCCCGCCCCUUUCACACUGGGUUCUGUGAUUUUUGCUGAGUACUCUUUUGUGACUGCUGUGGUUGAUGACACGCCCCUCCAUCACCAUGGCAACCUGUUUUUGUAUCAUAUCAAGAUCUAGAUAUUUAUAUCAGAUUGUUUUUAGUAUUGAUGGAUGUUUGUCAUGUCGUCGUGUUGUUGCCACACCAACAGCCCUGGUUUUAUAUCACGUGUUUAUAGAGCUGCUGCUGUCCAACCAGCUGCGCCUGUUUGUUUUGAAUGUGAACAUGUUGUAAUUUCUCCACAGUGAAUAAAGUC